UGCACUACUUUGAUCUUUCGGUUCACUUGGUGGUGUGAACGACACAUGCUCAAAAUGUCCGUGUUUUAUAGCAUUUUGGCCGGAUUGGCUAUUUUGCCAUUCUUUCUGUAUAUUCGCUUUCCUUACUUAUUACAAGAUUUACAGUACAGUCUGAAGUCCAUUGGGAUCGGAAUGCGGAUAUCAAAAUACAAGACGAGAAAGCCUUACUACACUGUUUUGGACUGCUUUUUGGAUGAUGUGAAGAAACAUCCGAACAAACCAUUUAUCCUUUUUGAGAACGAAUCUUACUCCUACUUGGACGCCGACAAACGCAGUAACAAAGUUGCAAGAACUUUGUCUAAACACGCACGGGUGAAAGAAGGGGACACUGUUGCGGUCUUCCUUGGGAAUGAGCCGUUUUUUGUCUGGGUCUGGCUCGCUCUGGCUAAACUGGGCUGCACAGCCUCGCUGCUAAAUUACAACAUCAGAUCGAAGUCUCUGCUGCACUGUUUUUCGUGCUGUGGAGCAAACGUGCUAAUCGCAGCUGCAGAGUUGAAAGAUGCCAUUGAAGAGGUGCUGCCGACGCUGAGAGAGCAGAACGUCUCUGUCUACAUCCUCAGUAAAGACUGUGACACGCUUGGCAUCGAAAGCCUCGUAGACAAGAUCGAAGAGGCGUCCGACGAACCUCUGUCGCCUGACCUAAGGUCUAAUGUGACGAUGAAAAGUGCUGCGUUGUAUAUCUACACCUCUGGAACUACAGGUCUUCCUAAGGCUGCGGUGAUAAACCAUGAAAGGGUGUGGCUGGCAUCAUGUCUUCAGACUUUGGCUGGGGUGACCUCGAACGAUGUGAUUUACAUAUACCUUCCUCUGUACCAUAGUGCAGGAUUCCUUAUGGGACUCACCGGCGCAAUCGAAAGGGGGAUAACAGUUGCUUUGAGGCGCAAAUUUUCCGCCUCUCAGUUCUGGGAGGACUGCAGAAAAUACAAUAUUACAGUGAUACAGUAUAUUGGGGAAAUAAUGCGCUAUCUCUGCAACAGACCAAAGAAAGACAAUGACAGGGAUCACAAGGUCCGUGUAGCCCUUGGCAACGGCAUACGAGCCGACACGUGGUCAGAGUUUCUCCAGCGAUAUGGAGACAUACGGAUCUGUGAAUGUUAUGGUGCCACAGAGGGCAAUGUUGGCUUCGUUAACUACAUUGGAAAAGUUGGUGCAAUCGGGAGGGAGGUUUUCAUCCAUAAGAAAUUCUCCCCUUACGCCUUGAUUAAGUACGACACAGAAAGAGAGGAGCCGGUGAGGGACUCGAGAGGAUUCUGUGUGGAAGUUCCGAAAGGAGAGACUGGCCUUUUAGUGGCAAAGAUCACCAAAAUUGCUCCUUUCACUGGAUAUGCCAGAAACAGCCAGCAGACAGAGAAGAAGAAGCUGAGAGAUGUGUUUGAGAAAGGUGACCUCUAUUUCAACAGCGGCGACCUGCUGAAGAUCGACCAGGAGGGAUUUGUCUACUUUCAGGAUCGCAUUGGAGACACGUUCAGGUGGAAGGGGGAGAAUGUUGCCACCACUGAAGUUGCGGAUAUUUUGAUCAUGGUGGAUUGCAUUGAAGAGGCGAAUGUCUAUGGAGUCAAGGUGCCAGGACAUGAGGGAAGGAUAGGAAUGGCCUCGCUCAAGUUGAAAGACUGCCAUCAGUUUGAUGGGGUUGGCACGUACCAGCACCUCCAGACCUACCUACCCAGCUAUGCAAGACCCCGCUUUAUUCGAAUUCAGGAUUCUCUGGUCGUCACUGGGACAUACAAGCAGAUGAAAGUGAAGCUGGCGGAGGAGGGCUUCAACCCAGCAGUGGUGCAGGAUCCCUUAUAUUUCCUGGAUGAGAGCAAGGGCUACAUUCCAAUGAAACAGGAUCUCUAUGAUGCAAUCAGUGGCGGCAGUAUCAGAUUAUGAAAUACUUAUUUCGCGGACUGAAUGUUUGUACAGUCAAGCAGCUUGUUAAAUUUUUUUAGCAUUUCUGUCUAAUUUUAAAAUGUACAGAAUCUUAAAAAUGUUUACAUAAAUGCUGGGCAUCAUCAUAGGAUAUUAAAGCAGUGCAUGUGAAUUUCAAAUACAAAUGUAUUCGUAAUGAAAUGGAAAACUGGACCUAAAGUGUAUAGAAACAUAGAAAUACUUCGAUUUGAACAAAUUGCUCUGCAACUUGCUCAGCAGAGUGGUAAUGUGAAAAUUAAGAUCAAUGAAUACCUGCAGAUAUGACUUUUUAAGUAUUCAUGAAUCAGGCAAGAAUUACUUGUUUCAGAGAAGGUGUCUAUACCAUAUAAACUCAAUGAGUCAUAAGUCAGAUGUGUUACUUUAUGUAAAUAAUGAUUUGCAAGGAUGAGAGAGAGUCUGAGAAUCUGAGAUGGCGGGGGGGAGGUAGCCUUUGGGUGACCAAGAGCUGGAAUGCUGGAAUGAGGUGGACACUGGCCCAUUUUGUCAGCGCCCUCUGAAGCUCUUUCAGCAGAGCAUUUUCUGUCUGUGUUUGCUUUCUCUAGAGCAUUGCCCCUUGAAAGCAGCCUGUAAAACUCUCCCUCCAUGUCUGCUUCACUGAUUCCCUGUCACCUGGGUCCAUGCAGAGUCAUUCAACUUUAUAACUUCAUUUAAGCAAUAAAGGUCACUCAGCUGUCAUUGACCUGCUCAGUGCAGUCGAUAGAGCAGUGCCUUUUCAACUUUGCCUCAGACAUGUUCAUACGGCUGCGCGCUGUGUAGUCGUCUUUGCCAGCAGAGGCACCUACUUGGUACUUUUGUGCUAUAGUUACUUCUGUUACUGUGCGGCUGCAGAGCUUUCACGGCAUGUGUGCCCCCAGGUGAAUCCACUCACACUGAACAAAAGAAAAUGAAUUCGACUUUUUAACAAAUGGCUAAUUUAUGCAACCAACAAAAAAUAUUAGGUUGGUUGAUGAAUUUAUUAAGUGGAAAGCUCUGAGUGUUUAUGUCUGUGGUGGACUGAGGAAAAAACAAGAUUUUUUCAAGCUUGUACCAAAUCUUUUGUUGUGACCAAUUGUUUGAUUAUUAACCAGGAAACCAGCUACAUGAAAGAUAUGGCUUGUAUGUAUUAUUUACCUUACAAUGCAGAGACUGUAGUCCACUUCACUGUUCUACUACCAUUUUCUCUGGCCCAAAUGAGAAAUGCUCUAGGCACUGGGGAAGGUGCCAGCAGGGACUGGAACACAAAGGAUCUGGCAAACUCAGCGCUGGCAAAGAACCACACUGGCCCAAGACGGAGGGCAGCAGGGCCAGCUCAUAAACAGCAGGGAGGAGAAUCAUGCUUUUGUGCUUGUAGUGACCUGAGGUUUCACUGUGUGACGUGGACACUCUCACACGGGUCUCUUUCUGAACAUUUCAUUGUGUUUGGAUAAACGAUACUCUGUGAAAAUGAAUUCAUUGCUGAA